UGGACCACAAGUGCUUUUUGAGUAAGGAAGCUUUUAGUGUAUUAGCAACCUCUUCCCUCGGUUGUCAGGGAGCAAUUGUCUUCUGAUAGCAUCACAGUGACCCGGGCAAGGCAAUGGUUGCCAAGGUUAGGGUUACUAAGGAGAUGAUGGAAAGGGGAACCUAGUACAUUUGGAGAGAUAGUUGAUGGUUUUUCCUCUUGCCUGAGCAACCAUGACUUGUGUUACACGAAGAUGCCUACAGAGACAGAAGGAAUUUGUCCUCGACGGUGUGGCCGUGGACACCAUUGCUAGCAGCUACACCACCAUUUUGCCCAAAGUGUGGUCUGCCUUGCCACCUUACAACGCGCAGCUGGAUAUCCAUGCGGCCAGCUACUUUUCAUCCCCAGUGGUCAAGUCAGUGCUAAAGAAAACUGAACAGACUCGUGGGGGGACCUCCAGAGAUGGCUGGAUAGUGGAUUAUUUCCAUAUCUAUGGGCCAGGACAGAGGUACUUGAACAGGAGAAACUGGGCAGGAGCAGGUCAUUCUCCACAACAAGUGGCUGGUCACCAUUACUAUUUGAUGGAUGCCAAGCCUAUCAGUGGGUACAGUGGCCGAUAUGGUUACCGCCGCAACACGCCUGCCCUUCGCAAUCGUUCUUCUUGCUUUGGUGAAGUCACCUUGUACCCCCUCCACUGAAUAGCAAACAGUAUC